AUGGCAGACUCCCAGGCGCAGACCCAACCCCAACAACCGUCAGAGCCGGAAGAGCUCACUACUCAAACUCUGCCAGAAAUGAUUCGUACCUACCGUCCUAUUAGGACCUUCAAAGGCUCCAAGCCUAAUUCCUCAACCCAUGUGACUUCCCUAGACUUUGACGACCAGGGUAAUUGGCUUGUCGCAUCUGGUGAUGAUGAUGCGCUUCAGAUUUUCGAUAUAAAGGAGGGGACUCUUGGAAAGCCUGUCCCUAGCAAGAAAUACGGUGCUCACCUUGCACGUUUCACCCACUCCCAUAGCUCGAUCCUCCACGCGAGUACGAAAGUUGAUGAUAAUCUACGAUUGCUGGAUGUCCACAAUGAAUCAUACAUCCGCUAUUUCAACCACCAUAAAGACACAGUGACAAGUUUGGCACUGUCCCCAUCGGGCGAUCAUUUCAUUUCUUCAGGCAAAGAUGAUACCGUUGCCGUCUGGGACUUGGCAUCCCGAAAUCCGCAGGGCAAGCUGAAGCUCGCAACUCCAUACCUGGUGGCAUUUGAUCCCUCUGCAUCUGUUCUUGCCAUUGCCUCGCAGUCCACAGUGUCGGUCCUUCUCUAUGAUUUCCGCAACUACGACAAAGCACCUUUCUCAAACUUUGACUUGGCGUCCCUCGAGGAACGCUACACGCCCACUACUCGCGGACGUGCCUGGACCCGAUUGGAGUUCUCCAACGACGGGAAAUAUCUUAUGGUUGGAACGGAUUAUCAUGGGCACUUUAUUCUGGAUGCAUUUGACGGCACUCUCCAGGCAUUCCUCACGGGGAAGAGUAGCUCGUCUGGCCGUGCCGCCCCGGUAUCUUCGACAGGCAAGCCCCGCGGGCAGGGCGAUGCAUGCUUCACGCCCGAUGGUCGAUAUGUUAUUGGUGGCAAUGGGGAUGCGCCGGACGUACUUGUCUGGGAUCUACAGCAGAAACCCGAUGAGAACAAGAUGCUACAUCCCAUGACUAGACUUCCCCACCGAGGCCGGACUUCUCUUAUUGAAUACAACCCAAGAUUCAACAUGAUUGCCAGUGCUGAUAAAGAGACGGUUUUCUGGCUGCCGGAUGAGCUCCCGAAGGCAUCGGAAAAGUAA